GCAUCAAAAAUCAUGAGUAGUGACCGGAAACCUUUUUUGAGCGUGCUGUUGUAGUAAGGUAGUAGAGGAACUCCUGCUUUCUCAAUCACGAUCUACUGUAAAGCAUCGAAGAUUCUCUUCAUUCUAGUUUCUCCUGUCAUAAGCAAAUGCAUCAGAGUCCCCUUGUUACUCCUUAGUCGGAAAAACAAACAGUAUUCUUAAUUAUAGCAAUGCUCCUUAAGAAGUUGUCAUAUUCUUAGUCAAUGAACAAGUCUAACACUUCUCACUGAAGAAUCCCAAUUAGCUUUUUCUGUUUCCUAUCUCAUCAAAGUUUCCUUCUUGUGUUGUUCACAUGGUAUUGUUCAUUAUCAACUCAUGAUUGCCGUUUCUUUGUGUAAAUAAUGGAAGCAAUUGUCACAAUAUCAAUAUACGAAGGUGCACUUCUUGUAGGUCCCGCAACUGUAAUUCAUCUACGAAACAACUACAACAUAGCCAACAUCAUCCAUCGACCACGCCGGAGCAGCCUCACCAUGUGUAGUUUCCAGAUAUCCGCCUUUUAAUGUCAAACUUGUUAUUGGUAGUUUCCUGUCAUAAUACUAGUACGCCUAUGCCUCCACGCCACAAUCCAAAAAAUGAUCUGCAUAUCAUCCACAUUUCUAAUUGCCAGAGCCGUACAGACCUCCAACUCCACAAAGACAUACGUAUCAUAGUCCCCUGUCCUGCUACGCAGACAAUAAUAGAUGCUCUGCGUGAGCUUGGACAUCAGACAUUUAGAAUGGGCGGGCUGCUGCUCAGAUAUUGUUCAUCUACCUCUAGGUUUACCACAGCUCAUUUCAAGCACUGCUCUCUCCGCUACCGCUUCAGAGCUAAUUUAUAGUUAUACGACCAAAAAAUGGUCCUCCUGGCGGCGAUGGCCGAUGAAGCGGUAUGAUGUGUCCAGCUCAUGAUCUGAUGGAUCUGUGCAUCAUUAUACGUCGUGAUUGAUUCCGUCCCCACGAAUUGAGAAGUUCGUUGUACCUACGUGUGAAGGUGAACAGCUGCCAUCUAGAAGAAAAACUCAGCUUUUGACAUUGCCCACUCAGUGGAGUCAAGAACGCAGAUUUUAGAGCGAGCACUUGAUUGAUUGUAGUUGUCAAGUAAUCAAAUCACGUCGACUAAAAUCACGUCGACUACCUCCACCUCUACUUCGGAGAACGAUCUCGCACAUUUUGCAGACGUGCUAGAGCUGCUGAAGGACAGGUGGGCUGGAAUGCCUCAAGACGCUCGCUUGUUCACGGGUCUCAACGAACAGACAGCUCUAAGAGAGGAAGCUAUGGCAGAGUUCCAAGCCGCAUGAAAUGGUGCGGAUGGUAAUGCUGACGGCCGUCUGUCCAAAGCUGAGUUCAAGGGGUUCGCUCAGACGCAUUUGGGGAACAUCAAAAGGCGCAUAGGAUUAUGGGCAUCUUUGAUGUACAGUGUUGAGGAUAACAACAAAAUAUGGGACGCUAUUCAUGGGUUGAGGAAGACAUAGGUCACUAUUGCUAUUGUUCAACAUCAAUCAUGUGAACUGAUUAUUAGUGCAUUGUGAAGUGAUUAUUGCUAUGUAUUGUUCAGCAUCAUGGAUUGAAGAUGUUCUGGUUCUGAUUACCGUCCUCGUAUUUCUUUUUCUUCAAGAACUAUUGUGACGUGCAGUGAGUUUCUUCACUCGUCCAUAGAAAUGUUGGCACUUCACCAACUACACCAAGAAACACGUACUUUAGUGUAAACUGAUGGUAAUGUGAACAAGAAUUUAUUAGAUGAUGAUGGAAACAGAAGUGGAA